AUGAAGGCGGAAAAGCCUGUAAUCAUAAGGAAAAAAAGACAAGAGUAUAAUGAGUUUAUUGCAAACGACGCUGAUUGGAAUGAUCAAAGGAUAGCGUUAAUAGGGUUGUAUAGUACAUAUCAAAUGUAUAAAGAUGCCGGAGUAGCUGGAGAUAUAGUGCCAGACAUCUUAGCCAAACCUUCCUUUAAGAUGUCAAGAGGAACGAACAUAGCUGGAUAUAAACUACAUCUUGCCAAGCUAGCUCUUAUUGAUGGACGCCCAUUUAAGUUCAACUUCGAGAUCAGGCGGCAUUACUUCAACCAAGCAAACAUUGUAUUUCUGCUUGGAAUGGCUAAAAAUAACCCAGAAAUUGUUUACUCAAUGCUCAGCAAAGGGUUCCCUAAUAAUAUCAAUGCUCCGGUGUUCAGAAGUCAAAUGUUUCCAACUUACUUUCAUCUUGCAUGUGCAAUGCAUCAUGAUAUACUAUCUGUUUUCCUAAAGUUUUCACCAAACUACUCACUAUGCUGGAACGGGCUUACUCCACAGAUGAUUGCGUCAUUUAAUGGGAAAUCCCUGGAAGCUAAGCAGCCUUUCAAUUUCGUUUCAAUGAGACAGUAUAGAUUGCUGAACAAGUUCAGAGGAUUCACUUUGGCUGAGGCAGAUGAAAAGCCCAUUUUCCUGAUAGAUUUUCUGUGCAUGAAGAGCGAUAUGGAAAGUGCUAGAAAAAUACUUAAUAGAAAUCCAGAGUUGUCUAGAGUUAGUAAGAUUUGUUAUUUAAUACAGGAUGACAUAGAAUGGAUUAUGUUCUUGAGUAGAUAUCAGACAUCUGUGCAUCAAGAGUUCAAUGGGAUUUCCCCCCUGCAUGUAAGCUCUAUUAGUGGCAACUUCGAGACCCUAGUUGCAUUUAUAGCACUAGGAAGCCAUAUUAACUCCAGGGAUAAACUGGGAAACACUCCGAUGCAUUACUGUGCAAUGUUAAAACACUUCAGAUGCUUAGAAUUGCUCAUUAGGCUUGGAGGAAACAUGACUAUGGUGAAUAGGGAGGGUGUCAGUACAGAAGAUAUCCUACUUAAUCUGGGCAAAGCUUUUAAUAUCAAGGAAGUUGAUGUAGAGCUCUCUGAAGCUCUUUUUCAGAUUUUAGGAGAUUCCGUCGAGUUCAGACAUUAUCUAUCAAUUGUAGAUAGAAUCAAAUACAACAGUAAUCAUACAAUUGUCAAAAAGAACAGAUUCACAAUAACAUCUUUGUUGAAUCUGCCGCACAAAAUUGAUUACACAGAGGACCUCAUCUACAAGAUCAGCAUAGUUAGAGAUGAUAAGAAGAGCAAUCACACCCCACGGAGGACACUUCAAAUGAUUCUAGAGCAUAUUCAAUAA